GUAAACUGAACGAAAUUCAAAUCCUGCUCCCCUCCAAAAAGCAUUUGGCCGCCUCCGGAAGUUGAACUCCAUCAGUCCCUCAAACUCUCGGAGAGAAACAACAUCGACGGCACCAAUGGAGAAGAUCUGCAUAGCGGUUCCAGUGAGGCCUCCGGUACCUCACAAUUCCUCCAACGGAACUCUCUGGAAGGUUGACGACAACCGCAUUUCGCUCCACGAGCCCCACGGCAAGCCGAUCUCCGGUAUCUCUUACGCUUUCGAUCAUGUGUUCGAUGAAGGUUGUACGAAUUCUAGGGUUUAUGAGCUACUCACCAAGGACAUUAUUCAUGCCGCAGUCGAAGGAUUCAAUGGAACUACGUUUGCUUAAUGGGCGGACUAGCAGUGGGAAGACUUUCACCAUAUUUGGUUCCGAAACAGAUCCAGGUAUCAUUCAUCAAGCCGUUAGAGAUCUUUUUGACAGAAUACAGAUGAUGUCGCACCGGGAGUUUCUGAUUCGAGUAUCCUACAUGGAAUUGUACAAUGAGGAAAUUAACGACCUUUUUGCAGUAGAGAAUCAGAAAUUCCAGAUUCAUGAGAGUUUGGAGCGUGGCGUAUUUGUUGCUGGCCUCAGGGAGGAAAUUGUCAGUAAUGCUGAACAGGUGUUGAAGCUCAUUGAAUCUGGAGAAGAUUUGCACUUUGAAACCAAAACUUGAAGAACACGGUUUUCUGUUCUUGUGUGCUCCUUCAGUUGAAUGUUUGUCAUUAACCUGUCUCUGGCAAAAUGUUUCCUACAGUUAAUAGGCACUUUGGAGAAACGAACAUGAAUUCUCGGAGUAGUAGAUCUCACACAAUAUUCAGAACCAAUUCAAGACAUCAGUUCAUAAAUGAAAACAACGAAUUACAUGCCACUCCUAUAAAAAAUUACACUGGCUCGAAUUUUGAGAUGAUUCAGAUACCUUUUUGUGCAAGGAAUCUCUUUCUUCUUUCAAAAGCCGAAACUCAGCUCAAAUAAAUGGAAUUUAAUUUGGUAGAAUUGGUUUUGUUGCACUUAUAUUUAGAAUAGGAAUGUGAUUAUGUAAAUCCAAGCAGAUAUAGGAAUGUAUCUUAUAUUCCUAUUAGGAGUUGAUUACCUAUUAAAUAUUAUA